AUGGCUGCAAGUACAAAAGCAGAAUCAAAUAAUCAUCAUACAAUCACGUCUUCAUCAUCCAAAGGAGGUAAUCAUAAAACAUCGCAAGUUGCUUCUUCGUCAAAAUUAACAAAUAAUGAUACACAAUCGAACAAUAAACGCAGAAAAGUGGGAAUGGCUUGCAUUUAUUGUAGAAGAAGUCAUAUGACAUGCGAUGAUGGAAGGCCAUGCAAAAGAUGUAUCAAACGUGAUAUAGGACAUCUUUGUCACGACGAAACAACCAAUCGAAACGCUUCCUCUUCUAAUGCAGCCCGAAGGAGUAGUAGUAUUAUCAGUAAUAAUUCAACUCCAACUUCUAAACCUUUAGUAAAUCCAUCUCCAAAUCGACAAGGAUCAAAUCGACCAAAUGCUCAACCCUUACCUCCAUCUGCAAUUGUGAACGUAUUGGGAGGCAGUACGAAUGGAGCAGAUCCAAUGCUGAACGGCGGAAGUAUGACACCAAUUGACGUCGGAAAUGGUCUUCAACAAUUACCACAAAUGCGUAUGGCUUUACCGAAUGAAAUGAUGAAUAGCGCUAUACCGUCUGUGACGCCAAAUUGGGCAGCAGCGUCUAUGCUAGGAGGAGCAAGCUUCUUAGGCUUGGGAGGAGGGGACCUUGCAGGUGCAGGAAACGGAUAUUCAGCCAACGGGGAUGCAGCAGGUGGUAAUGAAUAUAACAUCUUGAGCGAAUUUCUUGAAUCGCUAGAUGGUCAGAAUGGCAUGCCUUCAACUCCUAUGCCAGCAUCGAACCCUAUGAAUCAAAAUCAAUCAUUAUCGUCAAACCUGGCCGGGAAACGGGAUGAAAUCGAUCAAAGCGAUGUUGGACAAACUGAUGAAGUUAACGCAACAAACGGUUCAAAUACAGGAACGGGUGUCCAGGCAACGCAAGCCUUGCACCGUAAUAGGGAUCGCCGAGCAAGCUUAGCGGAUACGUCAGUUCUCGUCGCUGGUGCCAAUAAAGCAGAUACAUUCUUUUUGACCGCAGCUGAUCAAAAGGAUGGAACGCGAGACGAACGAUUAGGACGUGUGAUUCAAGCGAAAUUGGAUGCAGGCCUUUUGCGACCAUACAAUCAUGUCAAUGGAUAUGCUCGAUUGAAUAGGUGGAUGGAACAAAAUUGUUCACAAUCUAGCAGAAGAAGGAUAUUGAAGCCAAUUUCGAUCUUUCGACCCGCUUUUCGAGCAGUGGCUCAGAGGUUGACAAAUGUUGAUCUGAUCUUCAUCGAAGAGGCUUUCGAGCGUCUUUUGUUAGAUUAUGAUCGCGUCUUUUCAACACAAGGGAUACCUGCUUGUCUUUGGAGAAGGACAGGUGAAAUCUACAAAGGUAAUAAAGAAUUCGCCGAUUUGGUAGGCGUAAACUUUGAUGAACUACGUGAAGGAUGUUGUACGAUUUAUGAAUUGAUGCAAGAAGAAAGUGCAGUAAAUUACUGGGAAAAGUAUGGUGCGGUCUGCUUUGAUCCCGGUCAAAAAGCAGUGCUGACAAGUUGCAUUUUACGUACAAAUCAAAGAAAGAAGAAUAGCAGAAGUGGGACUUUGAGCACAUCUAUCUCAAACAAUGCAACUCCAGUGGUCGGAAUGACCAGAACGUCGUCUUUAACGAAUCAAGAGUCAAAAUCAACGAAUGUACGAUGUGAUCUGGCGAAAGAGAACACUGCAACAGCAAACAAAGCCGAUCAAACGCAUUCCAUAAUCGAAGAAGGCAUUGAAGCGCCAAAAGCCAUCGAGGAUGAAUAUCUAUCUUGCUGUUUCUCUUUCACGAUUCGACGUGAUGCUUGGGGCAUUCCUUAUGCAAUUGUUGGUAACUUUCUUCCUCUCGAUCGUUAG